CACCCAGAGCGGGGCUCAGGGCCACCAGGAUGCCCGCACCUGCCUCCCCACCCCAGCUGCCCGGGCCAUCCCUGCUGCUGCCUCUGCUGCUGGGCCUCACAGGAGUGGCCAGUGCGGCGGGGCUGCAGGUGAUCCAGCCUGACAAGUCAGUGUCUGUCGCAGCCGGACAGCCAGCCACUCUGCACUGCACCCUGACCUCCCUGCUCCCCACAGGGACGGUUCAGUGGUUCAGGGGGACAGGGCCAGGCAGGGAGUUAAUCUUCAGUUACAAAGGAGGCCACUUCCCCCGAGUAACAAAUGCUUCAGACCCCACAAGGAGAAACAACACGGACUUUUCCAUCCACAUCAGUAACAUCACCACAGCAGACACCGGAACCUACUACUGUGUGAAGUUCCAGAAAGGGACCCCUGAUGUGGAGUUUAAGUCUGGACCAGGCACCAGGAUGUUUGUACAUGCUAAGCCCUCUCUUCCAGAAAUUUAUGGCCCCUCCAGCAGGGCCAGCCCAGGCCAGAUAAUGAAUCUCACCUGCACAUCAACUGGCUUCUUUCCCAGAAACAUACAGCUGAAAUGGUUUGAAAAGGAUGUGGAGCUUCCAGCCUUUCAGACCCUCGUCUUCCCGCCUGGAGAUGCCAGAUCCUACACCAUCUUCAGCACAGUGCUGGUGACCCUUGACUUAUCCUUACUCCACUCCCAGGUCACCUGCCAAGUGACUCACAGUACAUUGCACAGCCCCCUCAGUAGGCACGUGAACAUCUCCAGAUUCUUCCAAGUUAUACCCACAGUGACCAUAUCCGUCCACCGGGUCCCAAGCCUCCAGCUGGCCAUCCUCAUCUGCCAUGUGCAAAGGUUCUACCCUGAAGUCAUACAAAUCACCUGGCUGGAGAUGAACAGAAGUGUUAAGGCCUAUGAGACUUCCACCCCUACCAAGGACCCCGAUGGCACAUUCAACCAAGACAGUCGUAUCCUGGUUUACAUCUCAGAGGACAGAGCACAGUUCACCUGCCAAGUGGAGCAAGAGGCCCAGCCACUGAUCCAGGCCAGCGUGCCGCUGAAUGCCAGAGCAUCCAGCUCCUUCUCUGGAACCGUCAUCCUGCUUGGCUGGAAGUUGUUUCCCCUGACAGCACUUUGCAUCAUCUAUGUCCUCAAGAGGAGAUUCCCUUCCCAGUCACAGGCACCACAAGGCCCUCCUCAGGGACACAGAACCCUUAGUCCCCUCCUGUUUUAUAUAGGAGGACUGAUCCAGGAGAGGCCCUGGCCAUGAAGUCUGUGGUGACUCCCAAAGCUUCUCCUGCCUCGUGAGCCUUCUGAGACCUUCUGCACUGGCUGUCCCUCGCUGUUUCCUGCAGCCCCCAGAGAAAGUGAGAACCUGUACCUUGAGGGUUAGUCGGGAGAGGUAGGCUCUCACAUCGUAUGAAAGAAAAGAAGCUUCUCUAGGGAUUCUGGACAUGAAGUCCAUGACCCUGAGCAAGAAACUCAGCAGAGCAUAACAAGCUCCUACGCAAGGAGGAACACAGAUCUGCAAUUCUGAAGGCUCCUCCCGACUCCAAGGAAAGCCCAUAGUGGGCACCCAAACUCUCAGGAAACCUUGACAGCGCCAUCAUUAAAAUGGGAUUAAAAGAAACUCUUAUGGCCAAUGAACAUAUGAAGAGAUGUUCAGUCUCAUCAGUAAUCAGGAAAAGCCAAAGCAAAACCACACUGAGGUGCCAUUUUGUCCCUAUUCCAAUAGGAAAAAUAAAGAAGCAACUGGCUCUUUCUUAUGUUGCUGAUAGGUAUGUAACUUGGCACAGCUACUUCGGAAGACAGUUUGGAAACUUUGAACUUGAA